UUUUAAUGGUAGUACGCAGUUACAAAUGAAAUUGUUCUAUAAACGCGAUAUAAGCCGAUCUUAUGUAUUUUUUAUUUUACUUCGCAAGAACCCUUGAGACAAGACAGAAAGCGAAAGAGAUGUAAUGUUUCAACCGUCUCAAUGGAUUCAGAAAGCAUUUGUGCUGUUUUGGGGUUUAUAAAAGUCAUUUAUGUGGAUUUGAUCCCAUACUUGUAUGUUUUUUUGUCAACAUCCCUCUUUGUUCAAUGGACAAAACAAAGAGAUCGUUGAGGACAGAAGAGCCGUCUAAAAAAACAUUUAAAAGGAAGAUCUGUGCGCUACUUUCGAGAUGAAAAGCAGCAGUGUAUAUUGAUGGUCGCCGUAUAUUCGGUGGACUUUUUUUUUUAGUCUUAAAACCAGUCAAUUGAUAGAACUAGUAGAGAAAGAAACGAAUGACAAUUACUUGACUGAAUUAUUUGGACAUAGUAAGUAGCUGGUAUUAUAAGAAUUUCAAAAGAUGCUGUUAGGAUUUGAAAAGCCGGAUUUAAGAACGUGGUUCAUACAUAAUUCUGAGCGCAACUAGGGAGGGAAUUUACAAAUACAAAGCAAAUUCUUCUUUUUCCGUAUUUUCCCUCCUUCAUGCCUAUCCCAUACCUUCUCUCCCUCUUUCUUCUCUCGAUAUACUCUCAGUGAAUCGUUUGUGCCUAGCCUACUCUAAAGUAAGGAUCAGAAACCGGAGAUCGAACCCUAACUCAGAUUCUCAUUUAAUUCAAGAUGUUCCGAACGACGGCGAGGGAUAUAAGCUAGUUUGCACUGUUUUGCACACACUGUUUCGUUUAUGGUAUGUUUAUUAGUAAAUGUGUUAAAAAUCACUCCAUGCAAGCCUUCGAUAAAAUCAAGACACAAAACCCUCUAAUUGUAAAAUCAACCCACAGCUACAUAUAUACUCAGCUUUCGUUUAUUCGGUAACGCUUUCGCCGCCCAAUUUUGUUUGGCGAAUAUCCUGUCAGUUUUGGUUGGCACACACGAGUAUACCACCACCAGGGAAUGCCAUAUCUUGUCAGGAACAAACCCUCACCGUUCCGGCAGCAAAUUUGAAGAGGACCGUUUCCCUUAAACAUCGCAUAUUAGCUUUUCCAGAGCACCUGUAGAUACGUUUUGAAACUUCUCUGAACGUUUUAGACCUAAACGUUAUGUCGAAGAAAAGAACGAGAAAACAGGUCCGCCCAGAGGUUGAAAGGACCGCGAACGAAAACGAAGGUCUGGUUUCUUCAUCUCUGGCCAACAGAAAAUUAGAUACUGUUAGCAAUAUGGUCGGAAAAUUGAGGGAGAAGCCAUUAAUUCACAAGCCAAGUCAGAACUUCAUUCAACGUACGGUUUGGACGGUGAUUAUGUUGGUGUUCUUCUUUAUCAUUCUUGCUAUGGGACCUUUCUGGAUACUUGUUCUCGUCACUGUACUUCAAAUCGGCGUGUACAAAGAGGUGAUUGCCAUUGCCAGCGUUCCUAGCAGAGAGAAGGAUCUUCCACUGACAAAGGUGGUGAAUUGGUGUUUUUUGAUUACCACUCUGUACUAUGCCUAUGGUGAAAGUAUCUUGAGAUACUUUCAUCAUUUGUUAAUUGUAGAUUCUUAUUUGAUGCCGUUGGCUACUCACCAUCGUUUUAUUUCUUUUAUGUUAUACACUAUCAGUUUUGUGCUCUUUGUCGCUUCGCUGAAGAAGGGUAACUACAAAUUCCAAUUCUCUCAGUUCUGUUGGACCCAUAUGACUCUUUUACUCGUUGUUGGACAGGCACAUUUCAUGAUUAAUAACAUCUUUGAAGGCCUUUUCUGGUUUUUUGUUCCUGUUUGCUACGUUGUUUGUAACGACGUUUUUGCAUACCUUUGCGGAAAGGUAUUCGGCAAACAUCCCCUUAUCCAGCUUUCUCCAAAGAAGACUGUUGAAGGUUUUGUUGGAGGAUGGGUUUGCACGGUUGUGGUGGGUUCGCUGCUCUCAUUCAUGCUCAUGCGUUCCAACUAUUUCAUUUGCCCUACUCGUGAUUUGUCUGCUACCAUUUUCAGCAACAUUGAGUGUGUUCCUAACAGCGUUUUCUUGCCCAAAACGUACAAUGUUCCUCUGAUCAUGAGUCGUCUGUUCAGAUUCCCUCGUACAUUAACAUUGGCUCCCAUCUAUUUCCAUUUAGCCGUGUUUGCCACUUUCGCAAGUCUUGUGGCCCCCUUUGGCGGCUUCUUUGCUAGUGGGUUGAAGCGUGCUUUCAAGUUAAAGGACUUCGGCGACUCCAUCCCGGGUCAUGGUGGCUUAACUGAUCGUGUGGAUUGUCAGUUGUUGAACGGAGCGUUUGUCUAUAUGUAUGUUCAAUCGUUCAUCUCAGAGAAACGUGGCAACGUUACUGAAUUGCUGGAAAUCGCCGUUACGAGUCUCACGAGUGCCGAGCAACUAGAAUUGUUUGAAGACCUGAAAGAAUACCUUAUUUCACAGGGAAAGCUAACUGUAGACGCCAUUUGUCAGGCUUGCCGUUAGUCGAGAAAAUAAAACCACUCGUUCUUCGCUAUUCCCUAAGUAUGCCUUUCACGAACUUAAUGGCUGACUGUUGUGAACGAUUACUUUUUAAUUCCAAUUAACGAAUUUUUUCUUUUAAAAAAAAGCAGCGUUCCCUCCUGCUUUGGCAGCGUGGCAUUCAUUCCCUAAAUUACUUUGUAUGUUUUGCUCACGUUACGAGGGAAAAGCUCUUCACAUCACGCUCCAUUUUCUAUGAGUCUUAAUGAAGCAUAUAGUGCAAACCAAACACAUUCUUUCGUUACUUGUUCCAUUUUCUUCCCUUCUUCAACAGUUGGACCAUUCAUCACCAUAGCGUUAUCGUGUAAACAGCUGGUGCGCCUUCGCUAUCUCACUCUGAAAUUUAACUAUUUAAGUUGGGAUAACUAGGAAAUAAAUAUGUUGUACAACCAUAGAUACCUGAGGAGCGCAUAAAGAGCAUGUCCGUCUAUAAUUCAAAUCGCUCCGCUAAAAUUCAUAUUGUAACAAGAGACUGUUCAUCAAGCUUUAUAUUAUUAUUCAUUUUUUGGUAAUGUAUUAUAUUCCGUCAACUGAGAACAUUUAAGCAAACAAGCGGAUAAUUAACAAAAAGAACAGUUACUUUUACACGAGCAGAAUUACCUGCCACACGAAUCCUGAGCAAUGUGCUGCCGUAUAUUGUCCCGUCCACGAAGAAUUCCACUUUUAAGGUUAAGAUGCCAGGUAAAGAAGGGGGGAAUCGUAGACGUUGUUUAGGACAAAACGUUUCAACGUCCAGCAAUGUCAUCUUCGUUUAUUUAGUAAUAGUGGAUCAUGAAAAAAACUCUAAAACACCUGUUAAAGCCAAGAAUGGGGCACACCGGGUAUCGAUGGAAGGAAGCCGUCGUAGGUGCAAGGCCAUGAGUAUUUCAAAAAUGCGCCAACAACACCCAAAUAGCCUUCAUGUCUUAGGAAGUAUGCGUUCAUCGUAUUCUUUGACCAAAACUUGAUGGCAUAAGUGAGUGUCUGCAUAGUCUGCACAUGGUUACGAAUAAAACUUCCUCCAAAAUAAAUGUUUUCAACAUUAUGCCUUUGAGCAUGCAAGUAAGCGAUUUGGCCGAUGUUGUUGCUCACCGCAAACAAAAGUGAUUUUGCAAUGUCUCCGGGGUGAAACUCCUCCAAGUCUUUAUGUUCACGGAAAACUUUGCCAAAAGAACUUGCAAUCAUGUUAUUCUUUAAGCCAAAGCGCUCGUAGCCGAGAUUGGCACCGUAGAUGUCACUCACAAGCAUAUCGACUGACGAAUUGUCGCCUUCUUUCGACAACUCGAGCAUCUCAUCGUAGGACUUUGCAGGAGUAAGAAGUGAUAAUAGACCCCAAAGAGUACCUCCACCUAGCGAAGAACCGCCGACACGCUCAAAGUCAGAAGGUCCGUUCACCUUAAGUAUGCUAACACCAGAGCCAAUGUUAACGAGCAUAUGUGGGUAUUUUCCUCGGCUGGGAUCUUCCUGGAACGACAAUUUGCAAGUGCUCAAGUCGAGUGUAAAUACCUCACGGGGAAUCGAGUUGAUAAAGAAGUUUAAUCCUGCAAUGAGGCACUCCAUUUCAUCUUCGCGCACAAUGUCGACCUUGAGCUCCCUCCGCAUUUGUUCAUAAAACUUGUAUGCACCGCCACCCGUAGCAAUGACAGUAAUGCGAGCGUUGCACGCGUGAGGCCUGAACUGCCUUUCCAAGUUGAUCAAGUUCGCCAUAAACUUGAUACACUCAUCAAUCUUAGCCGUCUCGAAUUUGACAAAACACAACCGGCCACCGACCAUGUUAACGACAGCCGGCGAAGAGAUAUCGCUCGACGAUGAUGAGGGAGAGCUGGAGAUGCGGACAUAGUACAUAACUUUAGCUAGGGAGCCGCCAAUCUUUAUAAAAGUCAGCAGGACACAAUCUAAGAAAGGCAAAAGGAAGAGAAGGAACAUACAUCGACUGCAAUGUGAGCAACAUGAGACUUAUUAUUUGGAAGCAUGAUGUCUCUGUUGUCUGGAGACGUUCCCUCCACAAUUCGAGCCCCUAUAAAGCGUCAGCUUCCUUCGAAAAAAAAAGAGCAUUAAGAACAGUUAUUCCAAGAAAAGUUCCCACGAAACUGAGUAAGCAGAAGACGUCAAAACGGAUUAAUUAACCACCCUCCGGAUUACUGUUCGAUAACAAUUCCUUGUUUGCGGCAGUACAUACCUUCCAGGUUCAGACAAACUGGAGGAACUUCCGCGAGCUGUUGCUCGACAGAUUUCAUCGCAUCUUGUUUUUCCUGAGACAUCUGAUUUAGUGGUUUUGUAAAGUCUUCUAUGUUUAUGUCACUGUAUCUCCGUUCAGUCAUCGCAAUAAGAGUCAAUAUAUCUUGUAGUAAGU